UAUGAUUCCAAAAAGAACAAAAAUUGCAAGUUUAUAUGAAGGCAGUAACACAAUAUCUCUUGAUGAUAUGGAAACACCUUAAUUUAACAAUACUAGAAGAAGAGUACUCACAUAAAUUGAAGAAGAUUAACCUAAAUUAGUUUUACCAAAGAUUAAGUUAGGAAACAACCACAAUAAUCUUUAAUUUAUUAAUAAUAAUGAGAAAAAGUUUAAAUUAACUGGAGCUAAAGAUGCCUUCUUUAGACCAAGAUAAAUAAAUAAGUUACCCUAAAUAUUCUAAAAGUAAGCAUUAAAAAAAAAUGAAAAUAAUCUAUCUCAACCUGAAAUUAGAGAAUUGUAUUCCUACAAUAAUAAUAAAGCUUCUGCCUAUACUCUCAGUAUUCAUGAUUGA